CUUGAUCAGAAACGUACGCGGAGUGUCGACAUCUCAUGGUUCCGCUGUGGAAAUGGCCUCGUCUGGUCACCUAGCUAUAAAUGCCAAAUGAGCGACUAUUUGUUGGAGUCGGCCGAGAGAAGAUAGCCCCGUCUGAGCCGCUAGCUUACCCGGGAGUGUUGGGAAGUUUGUUACGGUAAUUUGCGGUUGGUGACCAGGCAGAAAAAACAAUGCCACAUUUCUUGUGGCCAGAGUCGCUGUCACCCGCACAACUCAAGCGGCUGGAGGAGCAUAAAUACAGCGCCUCUGGUCGAUCUUUGUUCGAGCCACCGUGUCAAAUCUACUGGAACUGGCUCGUCCAACAAAUACCGACAUGGAUCGCCCCGAACACCCUGACUAUUGUUGGACUGAUGGUGAACAUCCUCACCACGGUGGUGCUCAUGUAUUAUUGUCCCACGGCGACAGAGGAGGCUCCAGCAUGGGCCUUCAUCAUGAGCGCUCUGGGCCUGUUCAUCUACCAGUCUCUGGACGCCAUUGAUGGGAAGCAGGCCAGGAGGACCAACAGCAGCUCGGCUCUGGGGGAGCUCUUCGACCACGGCUGCGACGCCGUCUCCACAGUCUUUGUUGCGGUGGGAACGUGUAUUUCGUGUGGCAUAGGAAGAUACCCAGACUGGAUGUUCUUUUGUGGUUUUAUCGGGAUGUUCAUGUUCUUCUGCGCUCACUGGCAGACCUACGUGUCCGGCACCCUCCGCUUUGGCCUGAUUGACGUCACAGAGGUGCAGCUCGCCAUCACCAUCAUGUAUUUGAUGUCGGCUUUCGGAGGCGUGAGCCUUUGGCAGACGACGUUGCCCAUCAUCGGACUGAAGAUGUACGUCUUCCCCAUCGUCGGUAUCAUCAGCGGGGCCCUCUACUCCUGCUACAACUACUUCCAUGUCAUUUUGAAUGGAGGUGUUGGCAAAAACGGCUCCACUGUGGCUGACACCAGUGUGCUGACUCCUGGUCUGCACAUCGGCCUCACCCUCACACUGGCCUUCAUCAUUUUCAAGAAGUCGUCCAGCCAGCUGUUUGAGCUCAACCCAUGUUUGUACCUGCUCGCCUUUGGCUUGGUCGCCUCCAAGAUCUCCAACAAGCUGGUGGUCGCACACAUGACCAAGAGUGAGUUGCACCUCCCGGACACGGCCUUCGUAGGCCCCGGCCUCCUCUUCCUAAACCAGUACUUCAACAACUUCAUCGAUGAGCAUAUAGUCCUCUGGAUCGCCAUGGUCUUCUCUCUUCUGGACCUAACACGCUACUGUACCGGCGUGUGCCUCCAGAUCGCCUCCCACCUGGGCAUCCGAGUCUUCAGCAUCACGCCGUCGAGUCAGGCGCACCGCGACUGACUGCUUGCCCGGCGGGAGGAGGCGGGGCGAGACGCAGAUCUCUCUCCGCUGCUGAAAGCAGACGAUGACGAGGAGAAACCCUCCUUUACCCCGAGCCACUGCAGCCUUGACAAAGUGACCACUUCUGAUUAAAACUGCCUCUCCCACAAGAUGGAAAGAAAUAUAACCAACUAAACACUACAAACCAAAAUGGAAAAAAAAAAAAAAAAUUUGAAAAGCAUGGAAGUGACAUGGAACCAGUUUCCCUUGGAUUCCUUUUUUUUUAGUUUUAAUUUAGACAUCAUUGCAUGUUGUCAGAAAAUAAAGUUUAGAUUUUUACAUCGACUUCCUGCUUAUUCAACUUAAAUACCAAAACAUUUUCUUUAACCGGUACUCCAUAGUUUGGGCAAAUAUUAAAGCAUUUUAUCUGCUUUAAAUUUACAGACGCGUGUCAAAUAUAUAGGGUUAUACAUUUAGCAAUCAUAAGUGCUCAAUUCGGUGAAUCUCUUGAUAUAUGCCCAAACUAAAUUGAUCACCGGUUGAAAGUUUUCUUUAUAAUUUUUUUUAUUCAUUAAAUGAAUGUGACUCAAUCUGGCAAGAAUCAGGGCUUGAAAACGCAGAUUCAAAUUGUUUUAAAAUGACCUUUAAAACCUCAAAUAAUUUCCAAUGAAGUUUGUAAUGUGGACUGGCAGGUUGUCAACGUGUCGGGGCAACGGCCUGUGUUAGUGCUGAAAACAUCGACAGGUUUUCGAUCAGGCUUUUCUUUAAAAAAAAAAAAAAACACCUUUCUAUUAAUAUUUUAUCCUCUGUUACUCAUCUCAUCCUACAAUACUGGAAAAAAAAACAAAAAACAUACUCCUCACCUCCUGCCUGUUAGAGCGCCGUCGACUGAUGAAGCAUUAACGCACGACUUGUUCUGCUUUCUCUGUUCUUCUCCCUGAAGGGCUAAUAGCUAAAUAUGUGAUUGUACAGAAUUCAACUGAAAACGCCUUAAAUAUUUUUGUUGUAAUUACUGUUUAACUUGUGAAUAUUUAAAACGGCUUUGUACAUUUUUCUUUUUCCACUGAAGUAUCAAACCAGAUGCAACGAUAGUAAUAAUAAUACGAUGCUACUGGAACUGUUCACUCAUAGUUUCUUCACUUAUACAAAUGUGUAUUAUGUAAAGGUGUCUGAUUUAUUUGGUUCUUAAAGAUUUGUUGGAUUAUCAUGGAUAUCAUUGCGUUAUCUGAUUUAUUCAUAAUUCAGGUUAAUUUGGUUCAAAAGCGAUAUUUCUGUAGUGCCGGUAAACAAUAUAUAAGGGUAAAACACAAUUGUACUCUUGAAUUUGAUUUGGAAAAGUGUCCUCUCACACUCUGCUUCUGCAGGAUUAUGGACAAUAUAGAGGGGCAUGUCCUAAAAACAAAUAUGAUUUUGCAAAUUUACGAUGGACUUCGGAACUAUGCAUUGAAAUGUACAACCUUUAUUUCAACACCAUGUUACACUGUUUAAUAAUACAGUAAAACACCUUUCUAACAGAUACUGUAUGAGUGGAAAAGAUUGUAAUAAAGAAAAUAUUUUUCAUG